CUUCAUAAAAUGGCUUUAUACGAUUCUCAAACUAAAAUUUGGUCUUCAAACAACGACUCGUCAAUUUUCAACCCAAAAAAGAGCGUUGGAGAACUCAUUUUGUACACUUUACGACGAACUCCCGACAAAAUUUGUGAAAUAAGUGAUGAUUUCGGCGUAACUUCAACUUGCGAUGACAUUUUGAAACGAAGUAUUCAAGUUGCUGAAGCUUUAAAAGAGGAUUAUGGCUUGAAAUACGGAGACGUUUGUUCAAUUGUCGCAAAAAACAAUCCUGAAGUCUCUUCUGUAGCAUUUGGAUGUCUUUUUAACGGAUGUUCUGUCAACCCAAUGGAUGUGUCAUUUGCUCAGAUCGACUUUGAUCAUAUGAUUGGAUUAACAAAACCCAAAAUUAUCUUCGCCGAAAGAUCCGUAAUUGAUAAAAUACGGAAAUCUAUCACGAAAUUGGGUUUAAGUUCGAGAAUUUUUUGCUUCACGGGCGUUAAUGGAGAAGUUGCUGAAGGAAUCACGCCUGUAAAAUCUUUUUAUUUCAAAAAUCUUGAUGUUUCUGUUGAAGAUUAUCGUUCUGCGUUCAUUAAAGAUACCUCGAAGCACAUCGCGCUCAUAAUGUGCUCUUCAGGAACAACAGGUUUGAGUAAAGGAGUUUGCUUAUCGCAUGCUCAAGUCGUUUCUCAAAGCUUUCGAUCGCUUCCAAUGAAAGCUUCUGACACAACUUUCACUUUUAGCUCAAUUUAUUGGAUUACGGGAAUGAUAACUAUGCUCAGUUCAACGAUCGAAGGAGCAAUUCGAAUUAUUUCAACACAAAAUUUCAGUCCUGAAUACUACUUUAAACUUAUUGAAAAGUACAAAGUUACACAUUCGUUUAUAACGCCAUCUAUGAUCGCCGGAAUGUUACAAAGUAAAGCGACAUCUCGUGUUGAUCUUUCAUCUCUCAAAACUUGUUACGUUGGCGGGAGUUAUGUCCUCGAAGAUUUACGAGCUUCUUUCGAGAAAUAUUUGGGCAAAGACGGAAAAGUUAUUCCUGGUUAUGGAAUGACUGAACUUGGGGGCGUGAUAACCUUCAAUCUAACGGGAAAGCCCGAAUCUGUUGGAGUUCCUUUGAACGAAACUGAAGUAAAAAUAAUUUCGGAUGAUGGAAUUUUAUUGGGACCUGAAGAAAAAGGAGAAAUUUGUCUCAAAAGUCCUUACAUGUUUCUUGGAUAUUAUAACAACGAAGAAGCUUUAAAAGAUGUUUUUGAUUCUGAUGGAUGGAUUCGCACAGGAGAUUUGGGAUAUUUUGAUGCUGAAGGUUAUUUGUUUCUUUCGGGAAGGAAAAAGGAACUUAUUAAGUACAAAAAUUAUCAAAUUUCUCCUGAAACUCUUGAAACGUUAAUUCACGAAAUAACUGGUUUGACGCAAGUUUGUGCAGUUGCUGUUGAAAAGAAUAACCUUGGAACAGAUUUUCCUGCUGCAGUUAUUGUUCUUCCAAAAGAUUUCAAAAUGAGUAAAAAAGAAGUUAUCAAGGUUCUUGAUGAAAAAUUGGAUGAUGUGAAAAAACUUCGAGGCGGCGUGUAUUUUGUUGAAAAUUUUCCAACAACAGCUUCUGGCAAAGUUUUGAGAAGAGCAGUAAAGGAAUUGGCUAACAAAUUGUAUCAAGAGCGACAAGUUGACCAAUCAGGAUGAAACUUGCUUACUAAUAAAAAUUACCUUUGCAUUACAAAAUUCGAAAGUUUAACCAACUUUUA